UCAAAACAAGGACCGUUUUGGUUAUAAUGAGGUUAGAACGGUGAUCAUGUUGUGCACACUAGUAUUGACAAUUCUUUAUAUAUGUAGCGAUUGGUCAUCGAUAUGGGUGACGCUUGCGCAAACACGUCGAUUGAUGACAUUGAGUUGUGGAAUAAUUACCUGGCCAUGAGUCCAGCCAUGAUGUCUCAGCCUUCAAUUGCCCUUGUCAAGCGAGGAGGACGCUGUCGACAGUGGUCUGAAAAAAUUACCACGGUACAAAGAUUGUCCGACACAUACAGGCUCAAGAUUACAGCCGCAAUGAUCUAUGAUGAUAUUGCUUAUAAUGAUACUACGCUCAUUCAAGAAAGAACCGACAAUACCUCCUAUCCACAAUGGAUGUCUGAUCAUUUACCGUCUAACCGAAACAUAUCACUGAUGAAGCCUGAAAAUACCAUCGAUCCCGGCACGACCUUCAUUGCUGUUUAUUUUGUGCCCUACGCCUACAUGGAUUUCUUGAAUAGAACAUACUUGCAAAAGAAUUUUCAGAGAAACGGUACUAUGCAAACUUAUACUCAACUCACCUUCUUUUUGUAUGAAGACCAUUUCAAUACACCUAACGCACCAGCAGAUAGCUUUGUUUCUGAUCAGAGCGAUGAUUUUCAUGAUGACGAUAUCGAUGGUAAACCUACCUACUUUGUCUAUUUCGUUGCUGGUGCAGCAGUUGUUGUAUUAGUUCUCGUUAUCUUUCAUUGGUGUAGAGCAGCAAGACGAACUAUAGCAAGAGAUAGCAAUCCCGGUCAUAACUUACUUUUGAAUGAUCAGCAGACGACUCAGCACCUGAUGCCAUUCAUGGAUUUGCAUACCCUAUGUCCUAUCACGACUUAUGGACAAACGAGUAUGACGAAUACAGCAUGCGCUAUCUGUCUGGAUGACUUUAAAGAUGACUUCUUUGUUCGUGUCUUACCCUGUCGUCAUGGUUACUGUACAGCAUGUAUAGGUAAGCGUAUCUUGUUAAAAGAGGGAAUUUUACUAAAACUUGAAACAGAUGUUUGGCUGACGAAAAAGUCAAGCUUGUGUCCUAUUUGUAAAUAUGAUUGCCGAAGUGCUCUUUCAGCAAAAGAAGAGCAUCAGGACAUUGUUUAGUCAGGUUUUAUCGCAAUGAAGCGAUAUCUAUUAUUUAUUUCUACUUUAUUUAUAUGAAUUCUUUACGUGACAUUUUUUUAGGGAUGAGAGACCCUAGAUCAUAUCUAUUCAGAUAGGGCAACUUUGUCCAAUUUAAUAAAUACUUAUACUUAUAUAUAUAUAUACUUACCUAUCACUCUAAUAUAUCACUCUAUAACACAUAGCA